GGCGACGACGGUGGCGGCGGCGGCAGCAGCAGCAGCGGCCGCCCAGCCAACGGGCCCACGCUUCCGCGGCGCUUUGAUCCGGCCCCUGCGUGUUCUGGGGCCGGGGCAGCUCCCCGUUGGAAUCCCGGACAAAGGCUAGAAGCAUGUCGGACCCCAGCUACUGGACAGCGGUGCUGCCUGGUUACCGGAGCCACCUGGCCAAAGGGGCCCUGCUGCAGCGCUCUAAGAGUUGUCGGAGCAGCAACAGGAAGAGCCUGGUAGUAGGCACGCCAUCGCCAACCCUCUCCCGGCCACUUUCCCCGCUCUCAGUGCCAACGGCCGGGAGCAGCCCUUUGGACAGCCCCCGGAAUUUUUCAACCAGCACGUCUGUCAAUUUUCCCUUUGCACGCAGGGCUGAUGGCCGCCGGUGGUCACUGGCAUCACUCCCCUCUUCUGGCUAUGGGACCAACACCCCCAGCUCCACUGUCUCGUCAUCGUCAUCCUCCCAAGAGCGACUCCACCAGCUGCCGUACCAGCCGACCCCUGACGAGCUGCACUUCCUGUCCAAACACUUCCGCAGCACGGAGAGCGUCACUGACGAGGAUGGGCGCCGGUCACCCUGUAUGCGCCCUCGCUCCAGGAGUCUCAGCCCUGGACGAACAAGUGGAACAUUUGACAAUGAGAUUGUGAUGAUGAACCAUGUCUACAAAGAGCGAUUUCCCAAGGCCACAGCACAGAUGGAAGAGCGGCUGCAGGACAUUAUCACCAACUUCUCUCCAAGCAGCACGUUAGCCCUGGCAGAUGGAGUCUUGGGCUUCAUUCACCACCAAAUAGUGGAGCUGGCACGGGACUGCCUGGGCAAGUCCCAGGAAGCCCUCAUCACCUCCCGCUACUUCCUGGAGCUGCAGGAGAAGCUAGAAAAGAUGCUCCAAGAUGCCCAUGAGCGCUCAGAGAGUGAGGAAGUCGCUUUCAUCAUCCAGCUGGUGAGGAAGCUGCUGAUUGUGAUCUCCCGCCCAGCCCGGCUGCUGGAAUGCCUGGAGUUCGACCCCGAAGAAUUUUACCAUCUCUUGGAGGCAGCAGAAGGCCAUGCCAAAGUGGGUCAAGGAAUCAAGACCGACAUCCCCCGCUAUAUCAUUGGCCAGCUAGGUCUCGCCAAGGACCCCCUGGAGGAAAUGGUUCAGCUGGGUCAUUUUGACAGUAGCAGCACCAUCACCCCAGAAAACAGCGAUUCCCCAGAGAGUCGGGCUUUAGCUGCUCCCUCCCGGAGAAAACCCUGUGAGAGCGAUUUUGAAACCAUCAAGCUGAUCAGUAAUGGGGCAUAUGGGGCUGUUUACCUGGUGAGGCAUAAGGACACCCGGCAGCGCUUUGCCAUAAAGAAAAUCAACAAACAGAACCUCAUCCUCCGGAACCAGAUCCAGCAGGUGUUUGUGGAGAGAGAUAUCCUGACCUUUGCUGAGAACCCUUUCGUCGUGAGCAUGUUCUGCUCCUUUGAGACCAAGCGGCACCUGUGCAUGGUCAUGGAGUAUGUGGAAGGUGGAGACUGUGCCACGCUGCUGAAGAACAUGGGCCCCCUGCCCGUGGACAUGGCCCGCAUGUACUUUGCCGAGACGGUCCUGGCCCUGGAGUACCUGCACAACUACGGCAUCGUUCACCGGGAUCUCAAGCCCGACAAUUUAUUAAUCACUUCCUUGGGCCACAUCAAGUUGACUGACUUUGGGCUCUCAAAGAUCGGGCUGAUGAACAUGACCACCAACCUGUAUGAAGGACACAUCGAGAAGGACGCCCGGGAAUUUAUUGACAAGCAGGUCUGUGGGACACCCGAGUACAUUGCUCCAGAAGUGAUCUACCGCCAGGGCUAUGGGAAACCGGUGGACUGGUGGGCCAUGGGUGUCAUCCUCUACGAAUUCCUCGUCGGCUGCGUCCCAUUCUUCGGGGACACCCCUGAGGAGCUCUUCGGACAGGUGGUCAGCGAUGAGCUGAUCUGGCCCGAGGGAGAUGAUGCGCUGCCUGCCGAUACUCAGGAUCUGAUCACCAAGCUGCUCCGACAAAGCCCCCUGGACCGCUUAGGCACUGGUGGCACCCAUGAGGUGAAGCAGCAUUCCUUCUUUCACAACCUGGACUGGAAUGGGCUCCUGAGGCAUAAGGCAGAAUUCAUUCCCCAGCUGGAGGCCGAGGACGACACCAGCUACUUUGACACACGUUCGGAAAGGUACCGCCACCUGGGUUCAGAAGACGAAGAAACGAAUGACGAGGAGUCCUCUACAGAAAUCCCACAAUUUUCCUCCUGCUCACACCGGUUCAGUAAGGUUUAUAGCAGUUCAGAGUAUCUGGCUGCUCACCCCAACCUGAACCCUGAGAAAAGCUGUAGUGAAGACAAAGAAGACCGGACAGACAGGUGGGAUAAAGGUGCUGGAGAGGAGGAGAAAAAUCGCCGUUCAUAUACCGAAAUCAGGUUGAGAUCAUGGACCUCUUCUGGCUCCUCACGUCACUCCUCCUCCCAACCUGAGCGGAGCCAAAGCUCCUCCGUGCUGACCAGCACCUACAGCGUGGACACAAUGCCAAAGUUCGCCUUCUCGUCUGAAGAUGAGAGUCCCAGCCAAGGUCCCUCAAAGCCAGAGAAGCCCAUCUUUGUUCUGGGGGAGCCCGAGGGACCACCAGUGAGAGGAACUGCCAAAUCGUCCGCCUUAUCGGCUGAAAUGGCCAAUCUGAGCCACAUCCGGUUAAGGAGUAACAGUACGGGGACCAAAAGUUGCACUCCCCGGGGACUGGAGACUGGUUUGGGCUGGCGUCUGGGGCAGAAGGAAACACCUGAGAAACAGAAGAUCUCUCCAGGAAGCCGAGUCCCCAAAUCUGCAUCGGUCUCAGCAUUAUCACUGAUUAUCACUUCAGAUGACUGCAGUGGUGGGGCCCUCAUGAGCCCAAUAUCCCCCCACUCCAUCUCCUCUAACCCUUCUUCCCGAGACUCCUCUCCAAGCCGGGAUUCCUCACUCGGGAUCACCAGCCUGCGGCCGCCUAUAGUCAUCCACAGCUCUGGCAAGAAGUAUGGCUUCAACCUGCGGGCCAUCCGAGUCUACAUGGGCGAUAGCGACAUCUACACCGUACACCAUAUGGUCUGGAACGUGGAGGAAGCAAGCCCUGCUCAUGAAGCUGGACUUCGAGCCGGUGAUCUCAUCACCCACAUUAACGGAGAGUCGGUGCUUGGACUGGUUCACAUGGACGUGGUGGAGCUGCUGCUUAAGAGUGGCAACAAAGUUGCCCUGAGGACCACUGCGCUCGAAAACACUUCGAUCAAAAUUGGCCCUGCCCGGAAAAACAGCUCCAAAGGUAGAAUGGCCCGAAGGAGUAAGCGAAGCAGGAAAAAAGAGAGUCAAGACAGGAGGAAGUGCCUUUUCAAAAAGAUCUCCAAGCAAUCAACUGUCCUGCAUGCUAGCCGCAGCUUCUCCUCCGGGCUCCAUCAUUCCCUGUCUUCCAGUGAGAGUCUUCCCGGAUCCCCUACACACAGUCUGUCUCCGGGGCCCGGCACUCCCUGUCGAAGCCCCGCUCCUGACCUCCCACCUGAUGCUGCCUCUCCCCAGAGUACCUCCCCGUCCUCCAGCACCCCCACUUCCCCUGCAGGACACAUCCGCCCCAGCUCACUGCACGGGCUGGCACCAAAGCUCAGCGGUCAGCGGUACAAAGUGGGCCGGCGCAAGUCCACGAGCAGCAUCCCUCCCUCUCCGCUGGCCUGCACGCCUUCCCCAGGACCCCAACCUCCCUCUCCUCAGAGGUCCCCCUCCCCCUUGCCAAGCUACCCCAAAACCCUCCAUGCCCUCCAGGGCAAGACCCUGUCACCACCCACCAUCGUCCGGCAGGCAGCCCGCCCCCGGAGCGCGGAGGCCCCCAGGUCUCCUCUCCUGAAACGGGUGCAGUCGGCUGAGAAGAUCGCUACAUACUUUGCGGAGAAGAAGAGCCUGGGUAGCCGGAAAUGCCUCACCCUGGAAAUGCCUUCGGGAGCCGGUGCCAGCCCCGAGGACCCAGAGACACAAACGUCCCCCGGGGCCGGGAGCGUCGGGCCCGGAGAGCACCCCGGCCGGGCCGCCUAUGCGGGAACCCCGAGCCGGGGUCGAGACUGGGCUGGAGAGAGGCACGAGCGGGACCGGGAGGUCGUGGUCAUGCGGCGGCUGAACCUUUCAGAGCGCCGAGAUUCAUUCAAGAAACAGGAAGCGGUACAGGAGGUGAGCUUCGACGAGCCCGAGCUCCCGGCUCUGGGAAACAACGAGGGCCCGAAGGCCGAGGCAGAGCAGGAGAGCGACCCAGGCCGGUGGAGGCAGCCGGUCCGUUGCGGCUUCUGGGUGGAGUCCAGGACAUGUCUGAGCACCCGAGUGGGACUCAGUCAAUCCUCAGAGCGUCUCCCCCAGGAGCAGAAGCCCCCGCCCGUGCCCCAGAUUGCCGUGCAGGGCUCCGAAAGCGAUGAGCCAGAGCCCACCCAGGCCGAGUGGGAGUGCCAGGGCUCUUACUCCCCACCCCACCGGCUGAUGGCCAAGGUCUAUAUUGAGCAGACAGAUGGGACAAAGGCAGUAGAAUACAAGAGCCUCUCAUCCCAGUGGCGAGACAGCAGGGAGACAAGGGACUUCUGUGCAGGGCAGGAUCCUACCCCAGCAGGAGCCCCUCGGCCUGGGGCAGGCAAAGAACUGCAGGCGGCCAAGUCGCUCCCCAGCGCGCAGUCGGCGGCGGUGGCGGCGGGAAGCCAGGAGCGGGUGAGACCCGGCUCUCGGACACUCGGAAAAAGCGAAGCGGAAGCGGCCGGGCAGGCUCAGAGGAAAAAGGAUGAGUGAUGCCGGAAGGGGAAAGGGGGCCCCGGGGAAGAUUGCUCAAGGGAGGAGCACCUGUCAGAGCUAUGCCGUCUCGCCACCGGGACUCGGCUGGAACAUUUGUGCGGCUCAGCGCCCCUCUCUGCCCCCCCCCCCCCCCAAACGCCCAUCUCCAUCUCUAAUAAAAAGUUGAGCUAAUGCGUUGUCUUACGGUGUAGCAUGGAUAUCGUGAAACCCGCUGCCACCUUCUGAAACAGUGAAUCUUAGGAGCGGGUCUUUUGUUCAUCUGAGUCGGGGGUGGGGGCGGGGGACAGAGGGGUUUGGUUUUUCAAAGAAACACCAAGCCUGCGGGAAGGAAAACAUUAGGACUUUCUUGGACAGAAAAAAAAGGAGCUUUUUUACUAACUGGAAAGAAGCCCUCUUAUUUUUGUAGUACGUGGAAGCCAUUGUGCAGGAAUGAUAUUUCUCCAGUGGACCUAGGACUUUGUAAAUAGGAGCAGAGGAAAAUCCUUACAACUAAUUUAUUACUUUUAUAAGCUAAAUGCAGCAGCCUCCCCCAAAGGAUUCUCUCAGCCAAAGUGAGCUUCUAGAAGCACUGGAUCCCACUUUUCCUACAGUGCUUUGUAUUCAGCUAAGAAUGAAACACUUCAGAGAUGAACUGUGCAUCGUUCUUUAAACAGUUCCACGGUCCACUAAUUUGGAUCCGAUUAGAUUUCCAGUGUUAAGCACAAAGGGGGCCAGUGAGAGCACAGCUGCUUGGAACAGGCUUGGAACGGGCAAGUUGAUUCCUGGGACAUGGCAGUGUGCAUGUGUGUGUGCGCGCGCGUUUAGGCGUACAGACAUGCGGAAAAUUUUGGGCGACGGUUGGUCGAGAGGGACUUUUCUAGAGACAAAAGCAGAACUCCACCCCUUGCCCCCACGCCCACCCCGCCCUCCCCUCAGUGGAGCUGGGAGCAUUUGGAACUUGGAAAUAGAUGCUCUGGUCUGCAGGCUGAGAGAGCAGCUGCAUGUCUCAGAGGAAGUGAACACCACCUCUCCAUUGCUCCAAGGCAGUACGGCCGCCUAGGGAGAGGAAUCCGGACAAACUCCCAACUUGUACCCUAGAUGUCUCCUCUUUUCCUCAGCCCCAGGUUGCGGGUAUAUUCCCAACCUGAUACUCGGUAAGGAUUACUAGAAAGAGUCACUCUAUCUCGACCACAUUGAAGUAUGUGGCUUUCAAGGGCCAAGUGGCUUGUUUCCCCUCCCUGGCCUGGGAGCAUCUGGAGCAGUUUGAAGGGGAAAUUACAAUAACUCUUUUUUUUUUCCUCUACUCCUUCCUCUUUUCCCCAUUAGUUGGCAGUUUGAUGGAAAAGUGAAAGUCACAACUUCUAGAGCCCCUGGGACCCCCGACUGCAGUGUAUCUCAGUGGAAAUGGGAGUUGAUGCAAGUGACUUUGUUCUUCCUUCUCCCUCCCUUGACAUUUAUCUGGGCUUUACCUCAGAGCUGGUCUUUGACUGGGACACACCUGCAAGUGCUGGCAUCCCAAAUAUUCAUCCUUGCCCAUUUUCCAAUCUACCGUGCAUGGAGUUUCCAUUUCCUUGACAAACUGCUGAUUUUGUAUCCCAUUAAGGCCUGAAAGGUACAAGCUGUCUUAAAAACAGGGUCUUCUUUUUGGGGUUCUUUUUUUGGGUUGGUUUUUUUGUUGUUUUUUUUAAAUGUAGAUAGGCAGGAGAACCAGGACCUCUGGACUAAGCUCCCUCUAGACUGAGCUCGUAAGCAGGGAAUGUGACUGUUAUUGUUGUAUUGGACUCUCCCAAACGCUUAGUACAGUGCUCUGCACACAGUAAGCAUUUAAUAAAUACGAUUGACAGUCGACUGACUGGCCUGUUUAAAGGGUGAUACUACUACACCAGUAGGUGAUAGUAAAAUGUGUGCAGGAGGGAGGAAGAUUGGUAGAGGGCCACCCUGCCAUAGCCACCAUGAGCCAGCUGUUCAGAGACUCCACAGCUCCAGUCUGUGGAGCCAGUGUUGCUGAAAAAUAUUCCCUUAUCCUACCUCCCCUCCACCAGGGUGAGAUGCAUCAGAUGAGUUCCAGGACCUUUAUUCAGGGGGAGAAAAAAAAAAGCCCUAAAGAAAAGUAUCUGAACUCAAAAAAAAUUUCCCUGUGGGAAUGAGUGGAAAUAGGACUAUAGGUCAAGGCUGGGCUACUAUAAUGCAGUACAAAUUAGCCUCCACAUUUGGGGGUGGGGGUUACUAAUUUUCUACUUGAGGAACAGGUUUUCUCUUAAUCUCCACAUUUAUCCCCACUUCUAGCCUACUUUGCUUCAUAAUGAUUUGGCCGUGGGGGGUUUUGGAGGUGGGAGUGACGGAGGUGUUGCUUGGGCUAAUGCACCUCAUACUCUGGACUGUUAUUUCAUUGUAAACCUGACUGCCUGUUUCCUCCUUAGCUGUGUAGGAAAGGCACCCCGAGGUAGGUGAGCAUUGUGUGCCGAGUGGGAUUUGGUUCACUUCUGAAAAAUCUCCCCUCCAAGUAGUCUUCCAUUCAAGGAAAUGGAAACUGUACAUAGUCCUCCUUCCAUCUACAUUUGGACAAGUGAUACCUGGCCAGGCUUGUGGAGGAAAGGUCCCCUCUGGACUUGGGUUACCCCAAAGUUUGGGAUAGGAGAUUUUGGUCAACAGACUGCUUGUACUCUCUCUCUCUCCCUCUCUCUCUUUCUCUCUCUCUCUCUUGCCUUGUUUUAGGGCCUUUUGAGUAGAGGUAGGUUUAUUGAUUGGUCCAUUUGGGAGCCUCUUGACUAUCUUUUUGCCUUAGCCAGAGUGGCAUUUUCAGGUCUUUCUUGGGCCCCUCCCAUUGCCCAACCUGAUUAACUUGUAUCUACCCCAGUGCUUAAUACAGUGCCUGGCACAUAGUAAGCGCUUAACAAAUGCCAUAAAAAAAAAUUGCACAUGCCAAGUCAAGGCACGAAGUGAAAUUGAGGGUGGGGCUGGGGAACUCAGCCCUUGUACAGGUGGGCUAAAACCUGACAUUUUCAAAUAGAGAUUACUUUAGGUCUGUAGGAUUGUGCCUCCUGUUCUAAAGACAUGGAUCUCCAAGGUUAUUUGUGGAGCUGUCUGCUACUUCCAGGAGGACAUGAACAUUAUGUCUCUAGAGUGGCCCCAUCUUUGGUCUAUUGUCAAAGGAAAGGUCCUCUUAUGAGAGACAUUUGGCCCUAUAUGUUCAGAACCAGAAUACUGGGAAUGUUCAGCAAAUGAAAUUGCUGAAAUAAUUCCACUGGCCAAAUACACUUUUUGUGCAAUUUUAGCUUUAUUUAGCUCUAUUUUAGCUCUAUUUCCCCCAGUGAAAGUGGACACAAGUAACGGGCUGGGUUGUACAUUUGCUCACUGUCUUCACUGAUUAUUGGGGACUUGGCUUUCAUAGUGCCAUUUGCUCUUAUCUUUUGAGGUCCUAGUUGUCUCAUGUUUUGGUGGUUAGAGUAGAACAAACAAAACACUGAAGUCUGUGGAUUUGUUACUGUGGGUUCUCCGUAGAUCUCCUAUGUGCCCAAAGAGCUUUCCUCCACUCACUAGGAAGAGACCGGAGGGCCCAGCAAGAGGCACCCUCUGCCCUCUGACCACUCUCCCCCCUCAUGCCCCCCCGUGUUGCCCCCACCCCCGCAAACUCGCUGGCCUUUCCUCCAUUUCUUGAUUUGGAGACAGGAAGACUGUGUGUGUGUACAAUGUCUGUCGCCUGAUAUAUGCUUGCUGCGUAAAUAGAGUAGAUAGAAAUGUGCACUUUGAGCUGCAGGUCUUGUGUACUCUCGACGCUCCCUGUUAACGCUUUAGGAGUGGGAUCAGAGUCAGAGUGGAGUGUUGCAGUUGGAGACUUUUUAGAGAAAAAGCCCACAGACCAGUUUCAGGUUUCUGCACUAGCAGAUAACGGGUGGCCUAGUGGAUGGGGCACGGGCUGAGGACCUCGGUUCUGAUCCUGGUUCCACUACUUGCCUGCUGUGU